CCAUUUUCCAUCAAACCAUAUUGAAAAUUCAAGGGAUAUAAAAGUAGGAAGGACCUAGCUAUCACAGUUUGCAAUGGCAGAACUGAAGCUUUUCAGGACAUGGUCAACUCCAUUUGCCCUGAGGAUCAUUUGGGCACUGAAACUUAAGGGCAUAGAAUACGAAACCAUAUUUGAAGAUCUUACCAACAAGAGCCCUUUACUUCUCCAGCACAAUCCUGUGCUCAAAAAGGUGCCAGUGCUGGUGCAUGAUGGAAAAGCGAUUGCAGAAUCGCUUGUAAUUCUUGAAUACAUCGAGGAGACAUGGCAAAACACUCCCAUAUUGCCAAAAGAUCCUUAUGAGAAAGCCAUGGCGCGUUUCUGGGCUAAAUUCAAUGACGACAAGCUUUUGCCAUCAGUAUGGCAAGUUUUGCGCACACAAGGGAAAGAGCAAGAGGAAGCUACAGCUGCUUUUAUGGAGAACCUUAAAUUCAUAGAAGAAGUGCUAAGAGGAAAAAUUUUCUUUGGUGGAGAGACUAUUGGAUUUCUAGACCUUGCAUUGGGUUGGAUGGCUAAUUUGGUCAGUGUAUUUGAAGAGGUAAUAGGUUUUAAGUUGGUAGAUUCAGAAACAUUCCCAUUGAUAUUCUCCUGGAUGCAAAGCUUCUCAGAUGUUCCAAUUAUCAGAGACAACUGGCCGCCUCGAGACAAGCUGAUUACCAGGUACCAAGUUAUAUAUAUGAGAAAUACCUUGCAGCUACAGGCUACAGCACCAAAAUGAACCAGUUCGCAAGGCCCUGCACGAACCUUCAACGUUCCUGCAAUCACAUGAAUGAAGAUCACAUGAGGCAUACCCAAUCUCAAAGUGAUGUUUGUUUGCGAGGCAAAGUUCCUAGUAAUUGCUUCUGGGAGUUGUGCCUUCUGUUUGUUUAUUGUUUUUUUUUUCCCCCGCAAUGUUUUUAAUAAUAAAUGGGUUGUGUUUAACCCAUUUAAUAAGCAGAUGAGUUGUGACAUUUUUCUUUCAUCAAUGAACAAAUUACAUGACUCUUUAUCA